GGCUGAAUCCGGCCAGCAGCAGCCCGAGCGGGAAGUGCAGCUGUGCACACGCUCGGGCUCUCCCGCUGCAGCUGGCAGUUCCGCAGGCCCUCGCCUGGAGCCAUGACUCGGCUCUGCCCUGCUGCUCCCGCCCGGCUGCUCUGCACCCUUGCUGUGCUGCUCAGAACCUCUCUGGCAGUGGAUCAUGUGCCGAUGCUGCUUUGGUCAACUCAGAGAUCUCAGUGGAAUCCAGGCCCUGCUACGCACAAAGGACACAUUGUCUCAGCACAGGAGCUGAUGGAAUUCUUGCAACCUCUUUUUACCCAGAACUCCAGAAACCUCGUCUUGUUCCUGCAAGACAGGCUUAGCAUAGAUGAUUUCACAUACUUCAGUGAAUCCUAUGGCAACAAGAAUCCGUUUCAAAAUGUUCAGGAAAUUCUUCAGUCUUCUCCUUCAUCUUUAGUUUUGCCAGCUGUUGACUGCAAGGCUACCAAGUAUCUCCUGAGCGUUCUUCAAGAAUCGAGAGAUUGGAGGUUGACACAUGUAACUAAUCUCAAUGUCUCUCUCCUGGAAGUGAAUGCAUCUAACCCUAACUUACUGGUGGUUCAGCUGCAACCACUUGCCAGUGGUUUAAAAGACAUUUCCACCCUGGAAGCAAUUGCUGAAAAUGACAAAAUGAUUGGAAGAGUGACCAUGGAUCUGCAGGAACGAGGGGUUCAUUUUUCAGUAAUUUAUACUGCAGUGAGACCUUCAAGGAUUUCUAGAAGAACUGAUGUGGUGACAGAAUUAAGACGACAACUAAUGGCUGCUGAGGAAGAAGACAGUUUAUCAUAUCCUCCUCUGAAUGUGACCACUGGAAACCAUACAUGCAUCCUUUUUUAUGCUAGUAAUUUCAGCCUCAAAGCCAGCAGUUCAGUUUUAAUAGAUUUGACAAAUGCAACAUUUGUAACACAGAAUGUGGAUAUUUCUGCCUCUGAGUGCUCAGACAGCAAUACAACACUGUCAUUAAAAUACACAAAACCAGUGAAUGGAAUCAGCAGCCUAGAGAUAAGGUUUUUAAUGAACAACAAGUUCUAUGAAGGCUCCGCCAGAAAAUGGUCCACUUUAGAUUCAGUUGAGAUUGUACAAGAUGGAGAAAAGCUUGCUAAAUUUAAUGUUUCUGCUAUCUCUGCCCCUGCAGAGUAUUCAUUUCAUUGUCAGCUGGUGGGAACAAGCAAUCUCUAUCCUGCAAGGCUAGUUCCAUCCAAUGAUGAGGCAAAAAAUUGGGAUGUUUUCAUUUCCAAGUUGCAAAUUCAAGGCUUCAACAUUAUAAACAACCAGUUUUCCUACGCAAGUGACUGUACAGGUUUCUUCACUCCUGCAAUCUGGAUGGGCUUGGUAACAUCUAUAAUUUUACUAUGGAUCCUGACCUAUGGAAUCCAUAUGAUCAUGCAGCUCACAACAAACAACAGAUUUGAUGAUCCCAAAGGUCCAGCUCUGUCAGUUCCUCAGACAGAAUAGCCAUGGAUUGACUUAAUGACACUGUGGCUUUUCCUGGUCUGAUGUUUAUGAUUUUUAUAACCUUUUUACUUCAUAUAUAUAUAACUUGAAAAGAUACCAUAGGAAAAUCAGAUAAUUAACCUACAUAUAAAAGUGAUCCUUAUGUUUGGCAACAAUAAUAAUUCUAUUUGUUAUUACGAUCAUUUGUUAACAGCUUUUUGUGUUAAGGUUCUGAAGUGAGACUGUAGAGGUUAUUACUGUCUCUGGCUAUUAGAAAGGCCAUUCAAAACUUCCUUCAGAUUAACUUUUAUUGACAAAGAAAGCAUACCACAACAUAGAUAACUGGGAAGGAUAAAAUAUUGUUGAUGGGAAACUAUAUAUUGAAAAUACUGGUAUCUCUAAAGGCUCUUCAGUAAAUAUGUCAUGAUGAUGCUACAACUUAAGAAAUUUUAACUGUGUUUUGAAAUUUUAUCUCUUGAGUAAAACAUCCAGAAAUGUACAGAAGUAAUAAAGUGUAAGUCACUAAA